AACGGGCGCCCGAGCCGUUCGAGAAUCACUGGAGUUUCACUCAUGUUUCCAUCACUUUUGUCGAAAGGAAAUGGGGCGCGAAGACUUUCCUUUCACUUUCCCUUUGUCUUUCACUUUAAUCAUGUUCACUUUCGCGAGGCUUCAGCUGUGUCAAGGAAAGGACUGAAGGCUGGUGGUGCUUCGACCUCUUGGGAGGAGGACCUGUCGUUCGCAGACAUGCUUGCCGGCGGUGCCGCCCGUUCCUCUCCGAGCUCGCGAUGGUGAUGCACCGUGUGGCUCCCCACACCUCCGGCUUCAGAGGGCCGAGCCGCCUGGACGGCGCGGGGGUCCCAGCGAAGGAGCCCAUCUGGGGGGCUCCGGAGCCCCCGCAGGGCUUCCCCGACCGCGUAUACCUCCUCGCAGCCGCCGUCUUCAAGAAGAUGUGCCCCGAGAAAGCCACCUCUCAAAAGGCGGCGAUCUCUUACGGGAAGAAGGUAGAGCGGUGCGUUCCGCACGCCAGGGACGAGGGCGCGCAGCGGCAGGCCUACGAGCUGGCCUUCAACGCCCUGAAAUACCAAGAUCUUCUGGAAGAUAUGUUGGUUGACAGCUGUUUCUACCCGUCUCAUCCACUGCCAGAUGACCUCAUGAGCCUGGCCGUGGUCAUGCUUUACGACUUCCAGGAAAGGAAGUUCCUGCCGCGGAGCGGACUCGGCUGCGAGCUCGAGGAGAAGCUUGAGGAUGUCAGGAAGGCGGAGAGCUGUCUGCUCAGGUUCAAGACCAAGCUGGCCGCCUCUCUGGCUCGAUGUCGCGUCAAACUGGACCUGGUCAACAUCGACUGGAUCCUGCCCGAGGUGGUGAGGACCAAGCAGGAGAGGGCCACGUCCCUGCCCCUAUAUGCCUGGGUCAACACGUUGAAAACAAGCCUUGAAGACGUGUGCGAUGUCCUGAAGAGGGCUGGGAUUUCACAAGCCGAGUCGCUCAGCCAGCUGGAGACACCAGCGUUCUGCCUGGACCCUCACUGCCGGGACGUGUUGGUCUUUUCUCCCAAACUGCGGACCAGCCUCUAUGAGACAGAUCUCUUGAGCGAGCACAAGCUUGUUGUCCAAGAUAAGUGCUGCUCCCUGGUGUCCAGCGCUGUUCUCGGCACGCUGGAGGAGGGCAGCGACGUGCUGGUGGCCGGUCCUACCUCCGCCUUCACCGUGGCCCACCUGGCUGUGCUCGCCACCCCCUUAUUUGGAAAGGUGUUCUACUGCGCCGGCUAUCUGUCCCCUAUCCAGAGGGAGGAGGUCCAGGAGACACUCUCCCACAUGGAGUGCAGCAAUGUGCAGCUGAUCCCAGAGAGCUUCUCCGACCUGAGCCCCUCGGACCCUAGGCUGCAGAACACCAGAGUCAUCCUGCUGAUGCCGCAGUGCUCCAUGUCUGCAAUCAGCAACCCCGUGGAGUUCAUCCUUCAUGAAAACGGAGACACAGAGCUGUUGCAGGACCUGUCCCAGGGAACCAUCUCUCCGGAACGCCUGGACCUCCUGGCAGCCGGGCAAACGCAGGACCUCACGCAUGCUCAGAAGUUCGCCAAAGUGCAGGCGGUGGUAUACUGCACCAGCUCCUCGUACCCCGAGGAGAACGAGGACGUGGUGAGGAGGGUACUCGGCAGAAAGAUGGAGAACUCCAAGCUGCGCCCUUUCAGACUAAGCCCACCUGAUCUGGGCACCUUCGCAGGUGAGAGAGAUGCGGAGGAGAAGUUUUUCAAGUUGGAGCCAUCGAAGGAGAGCAAUGGCUGCUUCUUGGCUGUGCUCAUCAGAGAACCAGAAAAGAAAGAGAUGGCUGAGGGGAUCCUGGAGAAGGCUGCUGCUAAGGGCCUGCUGGAUGGCUUAGUGCAAACUCAGCCUGCUAAGAAGAAGAAACGCAAGGUCCUCAGAAAGGGUCUCCACCGCCAGACCACCACCCCCGGGUCCUCCAGCAACCAACCCCAGGCUGGACCAGCCAAGGACAAGAGCUCAGCACCCUCCAAGGUCUUGCAGGCCUCUGCCGAGGGGCAGCGCCCACAAGUGGUACCGAGCAAAAGCAAAAGCAAGACCACCUGUAGACCUCCUGCUAAAACUUUGCCCUCCGCCACCGGCAAGGUGAUCGGUGCCACCGCAACAGUCACUAAACAGCGGCCCGCAUCCUCUAGGCUCAUUGUCACUGCCAAGCCCCCGGCACCACCCCCACCCAAAGGUCGACAGGAGGUGCUGAAGCCCAUGGUGGUCGUCCUGCCCCCAGUCAUGUUCCCCAGCUUCACCUCCGUCAGCGCUACAACCAAGAACCCCCCUCUUCAUCGCGUUCCUCCAAAUAUCCAGUUCCGGUGGAAGCCCAACUCCCAGCCAGCUGCCUGCCCCUCCCCCCUGUCCAGCUGCAGCCUUUACAGGGCAGCGGUGCAGCACCCUCGACCCUGGCUCUGACCGCCCGGGCCGCCCUAGACGUGCGCGCAGACAGUCGAACCGGGUUACGGGACCCUCGUCUGCGUUCCCUUUCCAGUCUUCCGUAAGGGGUGUAGAACACAUGCAUCCGACGCAGGUCUCGCACUUGUCUAGCUGGAUCCCAGAAUCAGCGUCUCUUGUGUUUGUUUAUUUUCUGUAGUCUCUUUUAUAAAGUGGACCACUCUGCUAUUUUAUUAAUUCCCCUUCUUUUAUAAUGAAAAACUAUCACAGAUUAUGUGCUCAUUCAUAACAACAGUAGAAUUGCUAAUUCGGUUGAAUAAUGGGGUUGAUGAGUCAGGUCACUUAAUUCAGGGGCUGCAGGUAGUUGAGAUUUUAUAGCUGAACACCUUUCACUCAAAGGACCCAGGUUCAAAUCCCACCUCCUGAUGUCGUACCCUCGC